GAUGGACCAGCCACGCUUCGUAUCUGUGUGUGGUGUUUGCUCCUAAUGCAGGAACUAUUGGCAGCUUCGAUAUGGGCUGUAUUGAAGCCCCUGGAGCCAGUUAAUACUGAUGGAAGCUCAAAAGCCCCGUGGUGCCCUAAGGAAAGGGUCGUCCGGUGCCUCGAUCACUUACGAGCUGCAUCAAACGUCCCACACUAUCCGCAUGGAAAGCACUGCUUUUCUCAAUCAGAAUUUCCCAGGGGAUUUGGAACUUGGCCUGCGCGAUCCCAGACAACAGCCUACACAGGGCUCGCCGGAACCGGAGCCUGGACCGCCUGGACCUAGCCACAGCAGCGAUCCCAUUGAUGUGCCAUCCAACAUUGCCAACAGACAAUGUAGCGUGAAGACCCGAGCCCGUGCUUUGUCCUCGAUCCUGCUCCUGUUCGGGGUGACGGCCUUACUCACCAUUCUGUACCUCGUCUACGUCCACCAGGCGCUACUAGCUGCUGACCCCCGGAUUCCCGAUGCGUUGAUGGAGGCAAGAACUGCCAACUGGAUCCUCUCCAUCUGCUCUACCAUCUUCGCAAGCUUGGUGGCAUAUCUCUUGGGUGAUGUUCUGAACCAUGCACGCUGGCUCCUUGCAGCACGCGUUGAAGGCAUCCCCUUGGCCCUAUUUGCGGUAAUGGGUUCAGCCACCGAGUGGCAUGCGUCCGCCUUCAUUUCCCUGGGAAACUGGAAGUCGCCCGCAACGUGGGCGUUUGGGAUUGUGAGACUCGGUCUGCCCCUGGCCACCAUCUAUUACGGCGCUAUCUUGAAGUUCAACGCCGAUUUUGAAUAUAUCUUCCGCGAGAACGGUCCUCCGGUCCAGGUUUACGCUGGCCUGGCACCCAUGGACCCGCGAGUCUUGAGUUUAGGCCCACUCCGUCCCUCUCGUAUCGCAAUGUAUUUUCAGGCCUUUACCCAGGUUCUACUCAGCUACGAGCAGUACACGGUUGGCAUGCCGGCUCCAAACUGCGACGGCGUUUGCCGCUCGUUCCUCAUCCCCGGCGGCCUUGAAACGGCGAGGGCCCUGAACGGCUCUUUGCUGAACUCGACCCUGCUAGAAGGAGGCCUGUUUCAAGACCACGAAGCCAUCGGAAUUCACAAUGCCCCCGGCUUCUUGCUGGCAUACAAGCCGUUGCCGCCGACCUCAGAUUUCGACAGAAACCACGAGUGUACCGUCUACGGCCAUGGCUUCAACGACGCCAUCCAAAUCUGCACAAGACCGGCACCCCCAUCUCUUGAAGUAGGUUGGGCGCCGUGUCCUACGAGGUUAAGCGACCGUAAAAGAUGCUUCAACGACACGAGCUGGACGCGCGCACCGAUUCGUACGAAACUAAGCAUGUCCGCGUACAAGCAGUAUUCUACGACUUCAUACCGGCGAAAAGACCUGCACAUACUCGACGUAACCCUCACCUCGGAGCCCCAGGCCGUCCCGCUCAACGAGUCCGACUACCAGCUUCUGUGGCGCCGCAUGCUGGUACCAACCGACCAGGCCAACAGCCUGGAUCGCAGCAUGAUAGACUCGGUCACGUUCAGCCUCGCGUGGCUGCAACGGCUGUACGACGACGAGUUCCCCGACGACGCCAACACGCCGAUGGAACACCUGGAGAACUUUCUAGCCAUCCCCUUGCAGUUCAUGGUGACCGCCAUCCAAUUUGCGAACUCGACCAUCCAGGAACAGUCCGGGGAUCCUGACGGCUUCGGUUCGCUCCAGUUCCCGCUCCCGGCAGACAUGCUGACGACGGCCGUGGGCGUCAGGAUCAUGGAGCGCCUCAAGGGGCAAACCUGGGUCGUGUGUCUGUUUACCGUCACGGCCGUACUGGCCGUCCUCUUCAUCGGCGCCCUGCUCGUUUGGAUGGUUUUCUUUCAAAGAUACCGGCCCGCCGCGAUUACAGGAGUUCCUGAUAUGGACAUUGCUGAGAAGUUUCGGUGUUGCAUAAGGAGCGGCGGACCAGAGGGUACAGGCUUGGCUGGGCCGAAUGCCGGAACGGGAAAGAAGUCCUGGUGGCAAAAGGUCCCUAUGCUAGCGGGCUUGGUUGCUCGGCUUCGAAAAGGCGCCAUGCUAGGGGGAUUGGUUGCGAAACUUCGGACCGACGAUAGCGGGAGAGAAGUGCUCCUGAUAGAACCGAGCGGUCUGAGGUCGAUUCGAACAACUUUGAGUUGGGAAUCGGGAAUUCCCCUUCUGGCCAUUUCGAGGUCCACCAGAGGCGCCAGUCGCGUGGGGUAAUAGUCAGUCAUUUGUUUCAGUUGGUUUGUAUUACUAUGUUGGAAUUACGGUUGAUAGCACGUAAAGGCAUGACACGACAAAGACACUACACAGAGCAGAGGGUAUCACGAUAUUCCAAGUUCCUGGCCUGGGUUGUUACAGUAUGGGAUAGAUAGGACAAACACGGCUGCUUAUAUCUUCGGGGACAAUAGUUCGACGAAGGCGGGUGCUGUGUGUUCGUCUCAACCCCCUUUGG